GUACUAAUUUAUAAGAUUGAAGUGUUUAUAUCGCUGGAACUGACUUCAACAUGGCCGAGAUGGCAUCAGAAGAACCGGAAUUGGUCACGAGUAUAGAAGAAUGUGAAAGAAUUGCUUCACUUUUGAAAGAUGAGGCAAUACUAGCUUUAGAUUGUCAAGGUGUUUAUCGCGGGUCCCACCUUAGAUUGACCCUUUUACAGAUCGGGACGUCCAAAGGAAAAGUUUAUUUGUUUGAUGUACAAAAAAAUAAAAUUCUUCUUUUAAAUGAUGGACUCAGGCAUUUGUUAGAAUCAAAGGACAUUGAGAAGGUCAUGUUUAAAUGUUCAAAGGAUAGUGGUGCGCUGUAUCACAAUUUUCAAAUUACUCUGCAGAAUGUCUUUGACAUACAGGAUGCACAUAUUAUACUAGAAGAACAGACAGGUCGAAAACUCUUCCCAUCAUUAAACCUACGCAAUGUUUGUCGAGUUUAUUCACCCAUUGACAAGGUGUCUCAACACGAAGAAGAUAGCAUGAAGUUUCUGUAA